GCUUGCGCUGUAUAAUUGAUUUCUCCUGUCAUUUCAGUGACGCCGUGCGAGCUUACAUAGGUCAAAGUAAAAUUAUUGUUUAUAUUCGUUUUAUAAUAAAAAUAAACCGAGGGACAUAGUUAUGUGACAAAAAUGUUACUAAACGCGUAUUUCAUCCUCUUAUUGAACUGGUUGUCGCCUUGUACGGGUCGCGGGCCACACCAUCCUCACGGCCAACACGUGGUCGACCACAAGCACCACCACUACAAGCCUAUCUCGUCUGAAUCUCUCACCAGUGAUGCGAAGCUCUUACACGAUACCAAACAUUUAGAAGAAGAUACAAAAUCUCUAACAGCAGAGGCAUUAGCUAAGAUGACGCCUGAAGAACUAGAAUUCCAUUACUUUUCUUCACAUGAUUAUGAUAAAAACUCAAAAUUGGAUGGAUUAGAAAUGUUAAAAGCGGUAUAUCACACAAUAGAACACUCUUUUCCUGAACCAGCUGAGGAUGACUCUAUUGAACCCGCAGCAUCAGAUAUGGAUACGUUUAUUGCUAUAGUUGAUCGUACAUUACAGACAGAUGAUACUGAUGGUGAUGGAUAUGUCUCAUAUUCAGAAUACAGAGCUGCACGUAUCAAUAAUACUGAUGAUAGAACACCAAGGAUUCUCAACUCACCGUAAACAAGGCGUAUUUUCGACUGCAAGUUGUUCUACGUGCAUUGAUAGCGCGUGUGGCAGGGCAUCCCUCGCUCGCCCCACGACGCUGCCUCUCUGAUACCGUUGGAUAUGUCUUCGUAUGGUUCCAAUUCGUUACUGUCACUGGAAUAAAAUGUGGAAUGUUAUGUUUAUUUA